UUGGCAAAAAUCUUACCGAGCUCAAAAAAGACGGUAACUCAAGAAGUUGUGCCUGCCAAACCUACACACAAACGCGGCAAGCAGGCGAAGAAACAUUUGCCUAGCAGGUUUGACGGCAAAGCGUUUGGUGUGACCAAUCAAGGGUUUGACCCCAAUGCGAUUGAAGUAACAAAGGUUUUGCAACAAGCUGGAUAUGAGGCAUAUAUUGUGGGCGGUGCAGUGCGCGACUUGCUGCUUGGGAUUAAGCCUAAGGAUUUUGAUGUGGCAACCAGUGCUACGCCUGAGCAAGUGCGUGAUUUGUUUAGACGUGCUCGUUUAAUUGGCAGAAGGUUUCAGAUUGUUCAUGUCUAUUUUGGACGCGAUGUGAUAGAAGUGACGACCUUUCGUGGUCAGUCAGAUGAUGCUGUCGUUUUAGCAAACCAUCGAAAAACGCACCUUAAAAAUGUUGCAGGUGAUGCCGUCCAAGAUGAAGGCGGCCGAUUGUUGCGCGAUAACGUGUGGGGAACGCUCGAAGAAGAUGCCAAUCGGCGCGAUUUUACGAUUAAUGCUUUUUAUUAUGACCCCUCAAAUGAGCAACUUAUUGAUUUACAUGAUGGAAUAUCAGAUUUAAAAACAAAAAGCUUGCGUUUGAUUGGUGAUCCUGUUGUGCGUUACACCGAAGAUCCCGUAAGGAUGUUACGCGCAGUGCGAUUGAUGGCAAAAACUGCUUGCAAAAUUGAAAAGGGUUGCUUGGAGAGUAUUCCACAACUAGCUCCGCAGUUAGCACAAGUUUCCACAGCUCGAUUGUUUGAUGAAUCACUCAAGUUAUUAUUGUCAGGACAUGCUCUGGAAGGGGUUGAUCAUUUAGCAAAAUUAGGUCUUUUGCCUUAUUUGUUACCGAUUUUGCAAGAAAACCCUAAAAAAUCAAUUGCUUUUGAGCUUUAUAAAAAAUCGUUUAUUACCCAUAUCCUGCAAGCGACCGAUCAACGUCUACAAGCUGAUUUAUCCGUUUCCCCAGGGUUUUUGUUGGCAGGGCUACUGUGGCCUAGUUUGUGUGAAAAAAAUCUCUAUUGGUUAAAACAAGGUGAAGCACCCUUGUCGGCAUUACAAAUAGCCAUACAAGAUGUGAUUUCAGAGCAGCAACAUCAUUUACCCAUUCCUGCUCGUUUAUUAGGGACGAUGCGUGAAAUAUGGUUAUUGCAACCACGUCUUGAAAAAAGGACGGUUAAAACGGUUCAUCGGGUGGUUGAAUCACCUCGUUAUCGAGCAGCGUAUGAUUUUUUGUGGAUUCGUGCCGAUGUCAGUCGUGCGUUAAAUCAUGACAAUAUCGACCCAAUUAACCCUUCCUUGCCAGAAUGGUGGGAUGAUUUUGCAAAUGGGGACGAUCAGAAACGGAUGGAUCUGAUCGAUAGCCUAAAAAACUCAGGUCAGAUGGUCAGUGCUCCUAAAAAACGUCGUAGGCGUCGCCCCAAACCUAUGCAACAGAAUGACGCCUCGGGGUCGUCUGAAAGUGGUGCAAACUUAGGUAAUUGUGCCCAGACAAUUCAAGAUGCUUGUGUAUGUUUUGCGCAACAUCCUGCUAUAGAUAUCGAAGAACAAUCUUCCUUUUAUAUCAGUGAGCCACUUUUUGCCUUAGGGCCUGCUUACAUCAAUAAUGUUAUCAAGGUAAACACAGAACUGACACCUCAUCAAUUGUUAAAGUUCUGCCAACAAAUCGAAACACAGUUUGGUCGUGAGCGUCCCUAUAUUAAUGCGCCACGAACCUUAGAUAUUGAUAUUAUUUUAUAUGAUGAUUUGCGGGUUAAUGAUAUUGAUUUGUGUAUACCUCACCCUCGGAUGACAGAACGUGCAUUUGUAUUGCUUCCUUUGCUCGAAAUUGCACCAUGUGUCGUUUUGCCUUCUGGUUUGAAAGUGAGCGAUUGCUUACCUGGGGUUGCGACGCAAAAUAUUCGCAAAGAAACCGCUGAC